AUGGGGGCCCGUGCCAUUGCCACUGACACCAACAUCUUAUCUGGCCUCGAGAGCAACACCACUGGUGUCACAGCCUUCUCCAUGCCUGCCUGGCAGCUGGCACUGUGGGCCACAGCCUACCUGGCCCUGGUGCUGGUGGCUGUAACAGGCAACGCCACAGUUAUCUGGAUCAUUCUGGCCCAUGAGAGAAUGCGCACAGUCACCAACUAUUUCAUCAUCAACCUGGCCUUGGCAGACCUCUGCAUGGCAGCCUUCAAUGCCACCUUCAACUUUGUCUAUGCCAGUCACAACAUCUGGUACUUUGGCCGCGCCUUCUGCUAUUUCCAGAACCUCUUUCCCAUCACAGCCAUGUUCGUCAGCAUCUACUCCAUGACUGCCAUCGCUGCUGACAGGUACAUGGCCAUCGUCCACCCCUUCCAACCACGGCUUUCAGCCCCCAGCACCAAGGCGGUUAUCGCUGGCAUCUGGCUGGUAGCUCUGGCUCUCGCCUCCCCACAAUGCUUCUACUCCACCAUCACUGUGGACCAGGGAGCCACCAAGUGUGUGGUGGCCUGGCCCAAUGACAACGGAGGCAAGAUGCUCCUUCUGUAUCAUCUGCUGGUUUUUGUCCUCGUCUACUUCCUACCCCUGGUGGUGAUGUUCGUGGCUUACAGUGUCAUCGGCCUCACACUAUGGAAACGCGCAGUCCCCAGACACCAGGCUCACGGCGCCAACCUGCGCCAUCUGCAGGCCAAGAAGAAGUUUGUGAAGGCCAUGGUACUGGUGGUGCUGACAUUUGCCUUCUGCUGGCUGCCCUACCACCUCUACUUCAUCCUGGGCAGCUUCCAGAAGGACAUCUACUACCGCAAGUUCAUCCAGCAGGUUUACCUGGCACUCUUCUGGCUAGCCAUGAGCUCCACCAUGUACAACCCCAUCAUUUACUGCUGCCUCAACCACAGAUUUCGCUCUGGAUUCAGGCUUGCUUUCCGGUGCUGCCCCUGGGUGACGCCAACUGAGGAAGACAGGCUGGAGUUGACUCACACUCCAUCCCUCUCCAGGAGAGUCAACAGGUGUCACACAAAAGAGACUUUGUUUAUGACUGCGGACAUGACCCACUCUGAGGCUACCAAUGGACAGGUUGGGAGUCCCCAAGAUGGGGAACCUGCUGGACCCUGAAGUCUUAAAUCUGCAGGACCAGGCUUUAGCCCCUUUGAGAAGCAGCUGAUA